AUCCCAGAGAGAACAUAAGAGAAGAGGAUCAAUUUCUCAAACCUCAGGAAAAGGAAAAAGGUGAUUCCUAAUUACUGUGCAGAGGUUGUAGCCAUGGCAUUCACAGAGAAAGCUGUGGUUUUCUUGCUGAUGAUGAUGGCAGCUUUUGAAGUUUCAGACGCAGCUGUGCACAAGGUUGGGGACUCAUCUGGAUGGACCAUCAUUGGUAAUAUAGAUUACAAGAAAUGGGCUGCUACUAAGAACUUCCAAGUUGGCGACACCAUCAUUUUUGAGUACAAUGCCAAGUUCCACAACGUGAUGCGAGUGACACAUGCUAUGUACAAGUCAUGCAAUGCAUCGUCUCCGUUGACAACCAUGACGACUGGGAAUGACACCAUAAAGAUAACAAAUUAUGGUCACCAUUUCUUCUUAUGUGGCAUUCCUGGUCACUGCCAAGCAGGGCAGAAGGUUGAUAUCAACGUGGUGAAGGUAUCUGCUGCAGCGGCACCAACACCAACAUCAGCAAUGGCAUCUCCAGUUCCACCUGCUAAAGUUCCUGCACCCUCUCCGAACAUUGCAUCCCCAUUCAUUGUUGUCAAGGGAGGUGUUGCUUUUUUAACUUUGGCUAUGGCUCUGCUUGCAUUUCUUGCUCUUUCUACCCAUGUGUGAUUGGGAUUUAUACCUGUUAAUUAGUUGUUAAGAAUAUGGUUUAUUGGCCAGUUGGAUUUUUUGUUUUGGACAUGUCAAGAUAUUUCAAUACUUUUUCAUUGUCACCAUCCUUGUAAACGUUUUCGAAUGACAAGAGAUUUUCUUUUCA